UCAUCGUUGACCAAUGACCAAUGGCAGGACGAGACGAUAUGUAAUGUCUUCUUGUGCCACAACAAAUGGUUUUACACCAGCCAGAUUCUUGUAUUUAAAUGUGAAAAUAUAUGCGCAAAGAAGUGGUCUACGAUCCUGUUCAAAACAUCAAAGGUCAGUUGAGUCACAUGAAAUUUCAUGAAGUUGCCGCUAGCAAGACAGUAUAACCUAAACAUAUGGUUUUUAAAAAUUCUUUGCUGUCUGCUAAAAAAAUAACUAGCAUGAGCAAAUGUUGCGACAUUGUACAGUUUGACGAAUAUCAGAAUAAAGUAUUAACAUGGCUUGGAUAUCAGGAAUUUUGUUGAUAACAUUAUGCUUAUCUUGCCAACUGGAAGGCAAAAUCAGCACAGUAGCUCGGUCUAGCACUAGUCUUGCAAGAGAGCAUCAAGACAAUCAACUUUUACUUUUAUCUACUCUUGACGGAUCAUUAUAUGCAGUUGAUCGGCUUACUGGAAUUACUCAAUGGCAAUUAAAAGAUGAACCUGUUGUCAAAGUUCCUAUUGAUGCAUCCAAAGCAGUUACGCCAAUAUUUCUUCCUGAUCCCAAAGAUGGUUCUUUGUAUGUGCUGGGUGGAUCAGAAAGGGAUGCGUUGAAGAAACUUCCAUUCACAAUCCCUCAGCUAGUUGCUCAGUCGCCCUGCCGCAGCUCGGAUGGAAUUCUGUACACAGGAAAAAAGAUGGAUACAUGGUUUACUGUGGACCCUAAGACAGGUGACAAGCAACCAGUGCUCAGUUGGGAUGGUGAGCAUGUCUGCCCCCUAUCAGACAGUGCAAAUUCCCUUUUUAUUGGGAGAACAGAGUAUAAUAUCAUAAUGCUAGACAGUAAGAAAAAAGAACGCAAGUGGAAUGUUACAUUUUUUGAUUACUCUGCAAAUGCUAUGGAUAGUGAAUUGCUUAAAAAUUAUGAAAUGGUACAUUUCAUGGGUAGCUCAUCAGGCCGAGUUAUAACUAUGGAUAGACGAACACACACCCACCUUUGGUCUGGAAAAUAUGAGUCUCCAGUUAUAGGUGUUUAUAUUCUUGAUUCUGAUGGGCUUAUUUCAUGUCCCUUUACAAGUGUUGCUGAGGAAACACUUGAUGCUUUAGCUGUUCAAUUAAAAUCUACAACAAAGUCAACAUGGCUGGAUGCCGAUCAGUUGAAAUUGAAGUCUACAUUGUACGUUGGAGAACAUCCUUUUGGACUCUAUGCAUUGCCUUCACUUGUUGAUCAAAGUGUAGUGACAGUCAACCACUUGAAUUUUGGUGCUCUGUUAAUUGAGGGUCCAGAUGAUGACCCCACAUCUGGUUCAGAUAGGGCACCUCACGGUGCACCUCAGAUGAAACAGGAAAAUCCAUCCUCUCGUAGUCUGGAUAAUUUGUUACCCUCAACAAAUGCAAUUGAUGUUUCACCUUCAUACCCGCUUAUCAUACUUGGUCACUAUCAAGCACCAUCUUACAGUGAUGCAGUUUUACCUGAUAUUCAGAAAACAAAUGCCAUGAUUCCUUUGCCAAGACAUGAUGUCAGUUUUGAUUGGGAAUUAGAGAAUGAAACUGAUGAACAUGGUCGAGCUGACAAGGGUAAUGUCGGCUCCUCUUCAAAGCGUAACAACAGUGGAAGUUCAAAUAGUUCCUGCUGGGAUGAUGCUGUGGCUGGCAACUUUUCAUCACUGUUAACUUCUGAAUGCAUUCAGCACUUAUAUUCAGGAUUUAAAAUGUGGAUUAGUCAACAGGAAAAUAAAUCUUUAAAGGUUGCAAUGGCAUUAAUAAUAAUUUCAAUGGCAGCCUUAUUUUGUUAUGUCCGUGGAAAGAUGCGUGAAAUCCAUCAAAUGUCUCAGAGCUCAAGAAGUGGAAGGGGUCUGGAAUCUGAUUCUGGAUUGGUUUCCCAGCCUGCUGAGUUUCAUGGGGGAGGCAUCCGGGUUGGCAAGAUAACAUUUUUCACCAAUGAAGUUCUUGGAAAGGGAUGUGAAGGCACAUUUGUGUACAGAGGCUUGUUUGAUGGACGUAAUGUAGCCGUCAAGCGGCUUUUACCUGAGUGUUUCUCCCUUGCUGAUCGCGAGGUGGCUCUUCUUAGAGAGUCAGAUCAGCAUGCUCAUGUUGUUCGGUAUUUUUGUACGGAACAAGACCAUUUGUUCAGAUACAUAGCCCUAGAGUUGGCAGCUGCCACUGUGGCUGAUUUGAUGGAGGGAAGAGUCUCUUCCACUUAUGAGAACUUUCUGUCAAGGCUUACCACCACUGAAAUACUGAGACAAGCUACUCUUGGCUUAUCACACUUACAUUCCCUUGACAUAGUUCAUAGAGACAUCAAACCACAGAAUGUCCUAUUAUCUGUUCCAAAUGUGCAUGGCGAAGUCAGGGCUAUGAUAUCAGAUUUUGGUCUGUGCAAAAAACUGCAGAAAGGUAGAAUGUCUUUCUCAAGAAGAUCAGGUAUUGCGGGGACAGAUGGCUGGAUAGCCCCUGAGAUGCUAUCUGGUUCCGGACGUACGACCUGUGCCGUUGACAUAUUUUCAAUGGGAUGUGUAUUUUACUAUGUGAAAACAUCUGGUAAACACCCAUUUGGUGACCCAUUAAGACGACAAGCUAAUAUUUUAAGUGGAGAUUGCAGAUUAAAUGACCUGGUUGGUUCUCAAGUAGACCAGCUACUAACUGGCUCUCUCGUUAAGAGUAUGCUGAGUUGGGAACCUUUAGAAAGGCCUCCUGCUGAAGCUGUUCUUGCACAUCCUCUAUUUUGGAGCAAAGCUAAAAUAAUGUCUUUCUUCCAGGAUGUGAGUGACAGAGUUGAGAAGGAUGAAGCGAGUACAAGUUCUGCCCUACAAGCACUAGAAACUGAUGGUCCAAGAGUUGUCCGUGGAGAUUGGAGAGUGCAUAUAUGUGAUGAAGUUGCUCAAGACCUACGCCGUUACCGUAAUUACAGAGGGCUUAGUGUUCGAGAUUUGCUGCGUGCUUUGCGUAACAAGAAACAUCACUACAGAGAAUUGUCUUUAGAGGCUCAAAAGAGUUUAGGAACAAUACCUGAUCAAUUUGUGAUGUACUGGAUGGAUCGCUUUCCUCGUCUUUUGCUUCAUUCAUGGCUAUCCAUGCAAAUUGUUAGACAUGAGCCUGUUUUUAAGCCAUACUAUCACAUCUUUCACACCUUUUCUCAGUCACCGAAUGCUGUAGAAGCUGACCGUGAUUGGGAAUCUAUUGUCCCUCCAGAGGGAGGAAACUUAAACACAAUUUCCUGGCAAAUUUUAAAAGACAGAUCAUCUCCUAAACAUAAAAGAAAAUUAUCUGGAAGUAACAAGAAAUUGGGGAGCAAAGAAUCCCCCAAGAGAGAGAACCAUCCCACCAAUCGUAGUAAUGAUGAGGAUGGAUAUGUCUGGCGAAAAAGAAAUGUAACAAAUGACAAGAAAUUGUCACCAAAACAAAAAACAGAAAAUUGGAGAAACCUUACUCCUGCAAAAACUUAUGAAAGUAUUGAUCAGCAGACAGAUUGAACUGACCUUAUAAAUCAUUUUACUAGUUUUAGUGCCUACUUAAUUGUUGACAAGUAUGCAUCAUAUAUGUGUGUUAUAUGUGAGCACUUUGAUUUUCUGGUUAAAAUCUUUUUGUUUCCCUUUCAAAACUUUGAUCUCAUUUAAAAAUAGCAAACACAACAAGCUAUGGUACUAGUGGUACUUAUGUUUUUGAUCUUGGAUAUGUGGCGCACUUUGUUGUAAUUUGCGCUCCUGGGCUGUGCCACAGUCAAACUGUUUUGCACUGUUUAGUGCUGCCAAAAUCCAUUACCCUUGUGCUACUGUACUAUCAGAUGUCUUAAAGCAGGACGUGUAUUUCAACAUUUUGAGCACUGGUAUAAAACUUUAACUUUUAAUUUUGACUGCCAAUUCUUGCAACUGUAUUUUAUGUAUUUUUUAUGUGGUUGCUGCUAAGCACUUAAUUUGGAAGCAUAUAUUCUGCUGUGGUUUUCUACUGUGUGUGUAAUCGCUCAAUGUUGAUGUUUUUAAGAGUUGCAUUACUUGCACUGUCUUUCAUUCUUUGACUUCAAAAAGUAAGAUCUUGUUUCACAUUCACUCUGUGGAGCAGUUCUUUCUUGUUUCAUCAUUUAAUUCCACCAUGUGGUGCUCUGCAAGGUGUAUUAAUACACCUUAGUGCUCUGUAGUGUCAGUGUCUCCUUUAUCAACUUUGUAUCUGACUACAGUUAUUUAAUUUUCACAACUUUUUGAAAUCUUUUAACAAUCAUGUGAGUUGUAACUUUUACUUGUUAGUGGUAUAAAAUUGGUGGACCAGUAGUUACUAGUUGAUUUUAUGAAUGUAUGUACUUUUAAAGUGAUUUGACCUGUGAUAAUGUUAGAAUAGGUGAAAUGAAAAUAAGCAUUAUAAUAUACCAAAAAUAAAUGAUGGCAUUUACUA